UGCACCACAUUAUAAAAAUUCCAUUACAAAAUUCCAUGACAAACUGCCAUUUUAUUUAUUAGAACUACUGCACAAAAUGAGUGACCCAUUUUCUUUAAUAUACUGUAUUUGGGGAUGUAACUCCAGGACUGGUACAUCACCAACUUUCCCAGUGAAGACAGUAAUCCACCUGAAAAAAGUAAGUGCUACAGAAACUGUUAACAGUAGACACAUAAGAUUACAUGAGGCACAGCUAAAUUAAACAGAAGAAAACAAAUGAAAAAAAUAUAUACUAAAAAGACUACAACAUGGGCUGUUAAAUGUAUUUAAAGAAAAAAAAAACAUGGACAUUAAUUUUAAGGAAAAAAAAUCCACAAAAAAAAAUCAAUAGCAGUCAGUGAGGAAAUUUUAUACCAGUGCAAGUUCAACUGGCAACCAGUAUUCAGUCUCCAGUUUAACACUGAGAGCCCAGUUGUUCGGUGCACUGGAGCUUUAAAAAUGAUUUGUCAAAAUGCCCUCCCAAGGUAACAGCCUUUUACCUGCACCCACUCACCGAUAAGAAUACAUUUCCUCUGCAAAAUGAUGCCUAAACUAACCAACAAAGCCAGUCUCUCGCAAUGCUAUACAAACCACUGCUUGAGAAAUACAGUGGUGCAUCUACUUUCAGAAGCAGGGCUGCAUCAAGGGAAAUAAUGUCUGUAACCAGACAUCGAUCUGAAAGCAGUUUGCUAAGCUACUGGACUCCCACAAUACAAAACAGAAAACUGGAGUUCAAUCCUUAAACUUGCCUUGAAAUCCAACUCCAGUCUUGCAGCUGAUCCACUUCCUGUAGCCAGUUUGAUACUGUUAUCACUUUUUGCCUUUUUAAAAAAAAAUAAUUUCUGUAGUUCACUACUAUUUAACUAAAUAACUGGCUGUUAUAUUUUCUAACACUUCAAUUAUAGGCUACUUGCUGUCAGCAAUGUUUGCAUGUUUGCUAAGUUGAUGGCUCAUUUCAUACACCUGCACAUACAUGACAGAAAAACAAUUUUGAUAAACAAGCCACUGUUUUUAUUUAGUAUAUUAUAUGGGGGACAUUACAGGCUACAGGAAUUUUGGUUUGAUAUGAUACAGAGGCUGGAGAAGAAUAUUGAAAUAGGUAGGACAAAAUAAUAGAAAUGCAGUUGAUAUGUAGCACACACUUUAAGUGAUUCCUUUGUUAUUCAAAUAGGACAUGUUCAGUAAUUUUGUUAGAAACAUUUGAAUCCACAAGCCCCUGCUGCCAGUCAUUGUCAUUCACAACAGGCAAGACAGCUGAUUAGUCAUAAACCAAUAUGCCCCAAGUUUGCAGGUGAGCACAAUGCUACACGGUGCAUUAGCAAGUGGUUAAAAAUGACUUCAUUUAUUUUUUAUACCUAAGUACCAUAGACUUGGAAUGGAAAGCGAAAUAAGUAAAGUGGGCAAACUUGUUUGGCAAUUUCAGCAAAUAAACACAGGCUUUACAUCUGUAAAAGUCUUGAAAUAGUACUUCAAAAUGUUUGCGACAAAAAUCUUUCCAUGAAUUGCUGACUAACUUGAUGAGCUGCUGUUGACGACUAAUCGCAUGCUCAGUGUUCCUUUCACUUCCUGUGAAACGGAAUAAGAAAGUUGUGUGUCAGGGAAGGUGAUGACAACUUUAGUAACUAAUUCUGUUGCCUUGCAAUAUGCCGUCUGUACAGCUCGGGUUUUCACACUCAGAAGGGACCUUAAUGAAGAAUUUUUAGAGGGUAGAACCUGAGCUUGAAAAACAAGCAAUUGAAGCAAUGGGAACUGAAAGUGGCUGUGCUGUGGAGAAGCAAACUCAGUGCAUGCAAAGCUUCAGGCUUCUUACAGAGCACCGGGAGUUGCUGGUUGUUCGAAUCAAGAACAUUCAGUGUGUCCUGGACAAUUUAGUACGCAGUGGCUUCUUUUGCACUGAAGAUGCAGAGAUUAUUCUGCGGUUUGCCACCAAAACUGACCAGGUUCGUAAAACCCUGGAGCUGGUGCAGAGCAAAGGAGAGGAGAUAUGUCAGUAUUUUGUACACAUUCUGCAUGAGGCCUAUGAUGCCUUCAUAGACCUGAGACCCUGGUUUGAGGAGAUUCAGUACCAGCCAUCAGAGCAAAUCCAGAGUAUUCCUGUGAUCAACACAGAUCCUGUGAGCAAGUACUGUGAAAAGCUUCGUCGUGAGCUGGGACAGGACACCAAGUUCAUCAUCUCGUAUGCGCAGAGCGAGGAGACGCUGCUGGAUAAGAUGUACACAGACACACUCAUGGAGCUGGUGAAUGACCGCAACGAAAGCCAGGGUUACUUGGACAGCCUAGACGAGCUGUUCAGCAACAACGGCGUCUUUAACCAAGAUGCAGAAACCAUCUUAAUCCUUGGGGAUGCUGGCACGGGGAAAUCCAUCCUGCUCCAGAAACUUCAGAACCUGUGGUCCAAGAGGGAGCCAAGCAUCCAGGUCAAGUUUUUCUUCAAAUUCCGCUGCAGGAUGUUCUGCGUCUUCAAGGAGACAGAUGAGCUAUCCUUGAAGGACCUGCUUUUCAAGUACAACUGCUACCCGGACAAUGAUCCAGAGGAUGCGGUUUUCAAAUACAUCCAGCGGUUUCCUGAGACAGUGCUGUUCACCUUUGAUGGCUAUGAUGAGAUCCACUCUGAUUUUGACUUUAGCAGCAUUCCGGAAGUCUGCUCGCCCGAACAGAAGACCCACCCACUCUUGCUGCUCAUGAACCUGCUCAGCGGGAAGCUGCUAAAAGGAUCCAAAAAAGUCCUGACGGCAAGGAUGGGCACUGAAAUCCAGAACAAGUUGCUCAGGAAGAAACUCAUCCUGAAAGGAUUUUCCCCAGAGAGCUUGCGGAGGUACACCACCCUGCAUUUCAAAGAAAGGACUUCCCAGACCUUGGUGCUAAACCAGCUAGAGGCAAACCCUCAUCUAUGCAGUCUGUGUUCGAUUCCCUUGUUCUGCUGGAUUAUCUUCAAAUGCUUUGAACAUUUCCAGUCUGUUUAUGAUAACUAUCAGUUGACAGACUUGAACGUCACCAUCACUGAUGUCUUUCUGCUGAUGUCAGAGGUUUUUCUCAGCCGCUUGACCAAUCCCAGCUUGCUCAAGAAGAGCAACCGAUGCCAGAGUGAGACCUUCAAGUCUGGUAGAGACAUCUUGAUUGCUUUUGGAAAGCUAGCCCACCAGGGAAUAGAGAAGACUAGGUUUAUCUUCAACCAGGAGGAGAUUACCUCUUUGAGCAUUGCAGAGAAGGAGCUGCACCUUGGGUUCCUCAGACCCAUUGGUCAUUACGACGGCUGUGGAAACCCCACCACCUUUGAGUUUGUCCAUGUGACUCUCCAAUCCUUCUUCACCGCAUUUUCCCUGGUGGCUGAUGAAGAUGUCGGCUGCAAGGAUAUCCUGAAAUUCUUUGCAGAGUGUGAGUAUCGCAAAGCAAGGCACUUCCCCAAAUUUCCCAUGAUGUCUUGUCUUCGCCCUUCCAAACCGUGGGACAAAGACCCCUUCAAGAACAACGAGCACUUUCAGUUCACCAACCUCUUCCUGUGUGGGCUGCUGUCCCGGACCAAGGUUAGCCUGCUUGAGCACCUGGUGUCACCCAAGAUGCUGAAGAAGAAGCGUGAAGUCUUGAAGUCCUACCUUUCGGACAGCGUGAAAUCCCACUUGAAAAACCUGCCGCGGUUCAAGUCUGAGCAUGAGGGGUGCAAAGUUCAUGGGAUGCCCAACUUCAUCUGGAUGUUGAGGUGUAUCUUCGAGACCCAGAGUGAAGAGGUUGGUAAGCUGACUGCUAAAGGAAUCUCUGCCGACUACAUCAAGCUGACCUACUGCAAUGCCUACUCAGCUGACUGCAGUGCCAUCAACUUUGUCCUGCAUCAUUGCAGGAAACAAAUUGGACUGGAUCUGGACAAUAACAACAUUAAUGAUUAUGGGGUAAAACAGCUCCAGCCAUGCUUCAGCAAGCUCUCUGUGGUAAGGUUAUGUGUUAAUCAGAUCACUGACUGUGGAGUAGAAGUCUUAGCAAAGGAACUGGUGAAGACCAAAAUUGUCAAAGUUCUAGGACUUUACAAAAAUCAAAUAACAGAUGCUGGAGCCCAGUGGGUUGCAAAGAUCAUUGAAGAAUGCCCAAGUCUUAGGAUUCUUAAGAUCGGGUGCAACAAAAUUACAAGCAAAGGUGGAAAGUCGCUGGCAUAUGCAAUCCAGAAGAGUAAAACUAUCUUUGAUGUGGGAAUGUGGGGUAACACCAUUGGCGAUGAAGGGGCAAUCGCCUUUGCAGAAGCCUUGAGGAAUCACCCCAGUCUAACAAACCUGAGGUACAGUAUGUGGCAUUGUAGUCACAUUGGAUUGGGAGUCCAUGGAAUUCAAUUCUCAUUGGAAGCAUUCAUAAAAGCAAGCGAGAAGCACUAUCAUGCAAUGUCAUACCUACUCCUGCACUGCUGCCUUUCAGCCAAUCUCAUCUCUACAGAGGGAGGAAAAAGUUUAGCAGCUGCAUUGAAAGAGAACACCUCUGUGCAUAUAUUUUGGCUGGUGCAGAAUGAAUUAAAUGAUGAAGUUGCCAGGUGUUUUGCAGAAAUGAUCAAGGUCAACACAGCAUUAACCCACCUGUGGUUAAUUGAUAAUAAGGUCACAGUAGAGGGUGCAAAACUUAUUUCCCAGGCUUUGUUGGAAAACCAAGCACUAAAAGAGAUCUGCCUGAAAGGAAACCUUCUGUCUUUGGAAGAAGAGGAGGCUUUUAUAAACGAGAAGCGACUACUCUUCAACUGAAGUGCACUGCUGUGUUACCCUUCAGGAGCCUGCUUCUGUGUGUUUCGUCAGCUCAGUAGGUUGGCAGUGAGGAAGAACAAGGAAACAAAUGUUUUUACUCCUUUUGAAGUAACCGAGCACGGCCUGUGAGGACAGCACUGCUGAGCUGUUAGCCAGAUGUGGGCUGGGAUGUAAGACUGAGGUCCCGUUUGCUGUUGAGUGAAGAGCUUGUGACGCAUUCCUCCAGAAAAAUGGCUCCAGCUCUCCAGCUAGAGUGUAUAAAUCUGUGGCUUCUGUCUUCCUCGCAGACCAUUGUAGUGUGGGUGUGCUGAUGGGUGGCAGGGGUCAGGGCAUCAUCUUGGAAUGUGUUUAAAUUUGAAAUCCCAAUCCAAGAACAAACUGUGGCUUGAUGUCUUGUCAGCAGUUCAAAUCCGGUUCAGUCCUAUUCCUACAGUAACAUGUUCGUUUAAGGCUGUCUGUUGUACAUAAAUAAUGAUACACCUAUAAUGUGUCAUGGAACAAAAUGUAAGUGUGUUGUUUAAAGAAAUAAUGAGCUUGUAGCUUUAAGUUGAAGGUGCCGGGUGAAUGGGGGUAUUGGGGGGAGGGGCUGGUUUUAUUUUCUAUUUAACUUCUGUAAGCUUGUAUUGGGGUACUCUUUAUCAAAUCUCAUUGACUGGCACUGAAGGUUUUUCGAUUGAUAGAGUGUCUUGUAGAAUCAGAUCUACAGUAUUGUUUUGUAUGUGAUUAUGUUCUGUACUGUUUUUUUGGGGGUUUUUUUGUUCCAGAAUUCAAGUUUUUAUUGAAAAUCA